CCUCGAUACCCAGGUAAAUAACUCGUUUCUCAGAAGCUUUGUUUUUGGAAGGAGCCUUCCAGGUUCCCGGAAGGUUUGAACGUCUUCAAUCGCGAAAUGGAAUACAACACAUGGGGUAACUUGAAUCAUUGCCUGGAGUUUACCAAUUCAAACUGAGCAUUACGUACCGCGAGCACUGGUACUCCCCGCCCCUCCAACAUUAAUCAAACUCCUAAGGACGACGAGGCACCCGGUUUACAUGCAAGACAACGUUCUGCUUUAGUAAUGUUACUCCAACCCCCUCGUUUUCAACUUAUGCGGGACUGUCAUCGCGUAUAAAAGAGCCAGUCCCUUCAAGGUAUCGACUCAGAUACCAGCUGCACAAGUAUCAUGUCUUCUCAACCCGCUACCCAAUACGCUACCUCCGAGAACACUGCCUUUGGCAGUGAAAACAAGGUCGGGCAAGUCACCAACCAAGGCCUCGGCCGCGGUGGUGUCGGCAAGCAAAAGGAGGCUCUCAAGCUCAGGUUGGACCUCAACCUCGAGGUCGAGAUUGCCAUCCAGGCCAAGGUCAACGGCGACAUCACCCUUUCCCUCUUGGAGUAAAUCCUCCAAGGGCCAGUAGCUUGAAUUGAGCGCACCAGUCGGGUUACAGGUCAGCUUUUGCGUCGUUUUCAAAUCGCACUUGGAGCUAAUGUCUUACCGACGUUGUUAGGACUAUUGUCAAGGAAUCCUG